AACCGCUGCACUCAGCCGCCAAAAACACUAAGAUGACCAUGAUGCGUGUUGCCAGUGGAGCGCUGGCCGUUACCCUCGCAUCCCUCCUGAUCUGCUGCUAUGCUGACCCUAUUCAGAAACAGGACGUCAGCGCCGCCGAUCGCUUCGACUCCGGUCUCAAGGGCUCGGAGGGCAGUCUCGUGAGGCAAGUUCGUGAGGCCCACCACCCCGACCUUCUGCCUCACGACAUCAUACCACCACCAAACGUUGAAAUGGACGAACUCCUCGAUCACUGCUACCCCGGUUCGUUAUGCGAUAAUACAGAGCACAGAAGACGAUCCAUGGGCUCCCCCUCUUCUCUGCCCCCGCACCCGGCGCUAAACUGACGAACUUGGCCCUUUCCCGUUCUGUGAUGUUGCAUUUGUUUUCAACAUCCAACGCUCGGGAAAAGCUAAGAAAAAAGUGGGAGGGACGCGCGCCAUCGCUUUUGCAAUAUAGUUCUCUUUUCCCCUCUGAUUAUUAAAGGUUUUGAAAAUAUUUAAGUGUUAUUUUUAUUUUUGUUUUUUAAGAGUAGGAGGUAUUUUCAAAAUUUGUAUAAAAUUGUCAUUUAACUUUUUAUUCUUAACAUAACUGCAAUUCGAAUAAGACCAC